AACGAUUUCUAAUCUUUAAGAUUAAGAAAUGGACUUAAAAAAGAGUCAAGACUUAUAUCUUGAUAAAUCCUUAAGAGAUUGGGUUCUUUUUUCUAUAUUUAUUGUUAUGAUUAUAACAGGAGUUUUAAAACAUUAUAUUAGUAUAAUAUUAUUAGAAACACCAAGGAAAAUGACAGUUAAAGAGAUUAGAGAGAUAAGGGCAUUACAGCGAUCAGAGAUUUUAAGAGUGAAUAGUAGUCAUAUAGGAUAUGGAGCAUUUUAUACACGAAAAAUAUAUUUAACUAAGACAUUUUCUAGUGGGGAAUAUCUAGAAAAUCCAGAACUUAAAGGAUCACAACUUAUGAAUCCUAUGGUAAAUGUUAAAAAUAUGGAUCAAAUGAUGAGAAUUUUUAAGAGUAAUAUGGCUAAUAUUAUUCCUCAAACCAUUAUUAUGGCAUGGAUUAAUUUUUUUUUUAAUGGAUUUAUAUUAAUAAAACUUCCAUUUCCUCUUACAUUAAGAUUUAAAUCGAUGUUACAAUCAGGAGUAGCAACGAAUGAUCUUGAUGUAUCAUGGGUUUCAUCAUUAUCAUGGUAUUUUCUUAAUUUUUUUGGGUUAAAACCGAUUUAUGAUCUUAUACUGGGAGAUGGAAAUUAUGCAAGUGGAGGAGAAACAACGGGAAUGGGAAUACCGGUAGCGGGUAUGAUUGAUUCGAAUUCUAAUAUGUCAGAUCUUCAAUCAUAUAUUCCUUCAGGAAGUGAUCCUGAUAAGCUAUUUUCGAUGGAAAUCGAGAAUUUAGAACUUGUUGUGCAUGAAUGGAUUCUAAAAGAUGUAGAAGAUAGAAUACUUGAAAAGUAUGAAAAUAUGGAUAUAUGUUCAUGAAUAUUAUAGGAUUGUAUAUAAGCAAGAUUAUUUAAUAUAUUUAAAUCAUAUAUA